AUGAUGUCUUCGAGAACACCUCAGACAGAGGCUGGAAGCAGUGUGAAAAGAUCAACUUCUGGUACCCGCAAGCCUCUCUCGCGUCCAACAACCCCUCUACGACCCUCGUCUAGAUCCUCUAUCCGCGAAUCUGGGAAAACUAGCUUACGAGGCGUAUCGGAUUUCCCACUCGAAACUUUCGAGCCAUCCUUUGCGGAACUGAAUGACAGCCUCGCGGAUUUAGACGCGAACUUUAUGCAUUUGGCCCUUCUACAAGAAAGCUUGAGUCGGUUCAAUAAUAAUUUCUCGUCAUUCUUGUAUGGGUUGAACAUGAAUGCUUUCUGCGUUGAUUUCCCAGAGGCACCGAUUCCAGAUUCAUUCCGAAGAGCGCGAGAACAAGAGGAAAAGUUAGGACGCUCAAUAGGUUCGGAUAGAUUUCACGGAGAGAUUGACGGAGAGACAACUUUCUUAACAACCGAUACCUCAUUCGUCGAAAACCCUCCGUCGUCCAAAAUAGCCUCUAAAUUCUCAACUCCCGCUCCAGCGUCAAGAGUCGGUGGUAGUCGAGGAGGAGCAGCACCUGCAGGAAGAGGAGGGGCGGCCCGUGGUGGAUUGCGUGGUACCCGUGGUAGUGGUCUUGCAAGAGCUGCGAAAGGUCGUAGUGCGAAGCAGUAA